AUGACGGCUAUAACAAAUACUCGGGCAUGGUCCCGAAUAUGGGAUCCAGGAAGUCGAUUCUUAUCAGUGAAAAAAAGUACGAACGGAUAUGGAAGUGCUUCGAGUUCUCGACACUUUUCGGCUCAGACGGCGAAGAAAUCAUUUUGUUGGAGUAAACCUCGAUCGCAAAAUGCAGCAAUUAAAAGGACAUCUGCCACGACGAAAAGCUUUGCAUCAUGCGGCUUUCUAUUCAUCAACGCCAGCCCCAACGCGAGCACAACUCCCUCGAUGAUGCAAUGUGCUGCUACGGUUGAGAAAUCCCUAUACUCGAAUACGACCGUUCCUGGACGAUCGAUUGCUUCACUCUCCCAGCAAGCAUGGCGUAGGGAAAUACACACGACAAGUCGAAGACGAAGGGGGCCGAUUGCAAGAAGAAAUACGAGCUCUAGUUCGAAUGGAAAAGCCGGGCAAAAGAUUACGCAGAACGAGAAUAAGAAAUCGGCUACACCACCACCAUCUUCGUCGACCGAGAAAUCCGGUCAGGCGAAAGACUCCCCACCUUCCGAGUCUCAUGGAUACCUUCAUCUCCCUCAUCUACCGCAGAUGCCGCAUCGGCCAACUAGAGAGGAGCUUCUCGCAGCAGCAACCGGAUUUUGGUCUCGACUCAAAGUUCGUUUCAAGUGGUUCUCGAUUCGGAGCACGCGACCUUGGAAUAUCGAUGACUGGAGCGCAUUUGCCUCGUGGUUCGUGCUGGGAAACAUUGUCUGGGUCUUUGUUGGAACAACCACAUUCUUUUCCUUGGUUAUAUUCUCCAUCAAUACCGUAUUUGCACAAGAAACCCUGGCAAGAUGGAUAGGAGAUUAUUUAACCCAUUCAGCGGGUAUCAAGGUAGUAUUCGAAUCUGCAGUGGUACCAAAAUGGAAAAAUGGUGUGAUUACGUUCCAUAACGUUUUCAUCUCGAGAAGACCAGGGCAGGAAAAGGCCAAAGUCAAGAAAGGCUCCUCAACGAGCGCGGCCGCCGAAGCUGCUGCGGAAAGACAAACCGACCUGGAAGCGAAAGCCGGAGAAGAAGAGGAAGACACCAACUACACCCAAUUCGAUCUCACCAUCGGAACUGUCAAUGUAACACUAUCAUUCGUCAAGUGGUGGAAUGGAAAAGGGCUACUACGCGAUGUGGAAAUCAAGGGCAUUCGAGGAGUUGUCGAUAGGACUUCAGUGCACUGGGGAAGUGAAUAUGUUGAUCCAAGGACGUUUCGCCAUGAGCACCACCUUGGAGAUUUCGAGAUAGACUCUUUCAAGAUGGAGGAUCUACUGGUUACCAUACACCAGCCGAAAGGCUUUCGACCAUUUUCCGUCAGUGUGUUCUCUUGUGAAUUACCUCAACUACGGAAGCAAUGGCUUUUCUACGACUUUUUAUCAGCCAAUAUGAUGUCAGGAGCAUUCGAUGGCUCGCUUUUCACGAUUCAUCCACGUCAGACACAUGGUCUUGCGGCCGCAAACCAUGACGAGGAGGAGGAGGAAAGGAAUCCGUGGAAGAAGCAAAGCAGAUUGCGUAUAGAUGGUCUGAAGAUUGACCACUUAAAUCGAGGUGUCGACGGGCCCUUUGGUUGGAUCCACGAAGGGAAUGUCGAUAUUGUUGCGGAUGUAAUGAUCCCGGCGGAGACGGAUGACAGCAUUGCGAAGGUUAUGUCUGACUUUUACGACCGUAUGGAGGCAACAGUCACCUCGAACAGAUAUAUGCAUAUUCUCGAGAACAACCCUAGCACCCGAGGACUCAACACACCGGAACGAAAAGCUGCUUACGAAGAAAGAUUGAAGCGCGACGACGACAAACGAUUCAUCGUAAUGGAUCUCCGAGUCCACCUAAACGAUGUCAAAGCAGCGGUUCCGCUCUUCACCCGCGACCUCUCCUACAUCAACCAAGCCCUCGUUCGACCAAUCGUCGCAUAUAUAAACUCUCAAAAGACGUUCAUACCUAUAAACUGUCGAAUCGUAAAACGCGCCAGCGAAUUCGACGGCAGCUGGACCAUCUUUGAUAGCGGACUCAUGGAAGAUCUGUCCGCUGAAACAUACGAAGCAUUCGCCAAAGAUGUAGUAGACACCCAACAGCGAAUGCGGAGGUUACGGAAGGUGGGGUUCUGGUCCAUUUCUCUGGCUAUUCAGGCCUUGUUUAUGGGUAUGGCGGGGAAUAUCGCGUAA